AUGGCAGAUGCUUUCUUUACCUGUCAAAAGAAUGUGCUGCUGGCGAAGAGCGCGCCCACCCAGAUAGAAGGUGCCGUUGCUGUGACCAGAGGAAGGUUGGUCCCAGAAGAGCAAGAAGCCCUUCUCCAGCAGUGGCUGGAGGAAGGAGCAGCAGAUUUGCCAGCCAGUGAGAGUGCUCCAGCAGUGGGGAAAGGAUCAGUUACACUCACGAGUGACUGGUUAGAAGGUUCCGAGCUAUUGAUGAGUAGGCUUAGUGACCUGAGUUCGGCUCCAGAAGUCAUCCAGUGUGCUGGUCAGCAGCUCACAGAGCUGAAUGCCUUGGCUUCUUCAGAAUUGCAAGAUCAUGCAGUGACUGAACUGAAAAAAAUUCCAGCAAAGGAACCAGUGGCUGUAGCAGGCAGUGCCCCUUGGGCAGCUGUGGUGCCACAGACAGAUCACCUGAUAGCUGGCUGUGCCACCAUUGAUGUAGAAGUGCCGAAUGAAGACCCAGCUGUGCUGGCCUGGAGUUUAGCAUGUGAUGCAGGACCAACAGAGCCCCCAGCCUGGCCUGUUCCAGCUACAGUACAAUUUUGUCCUCUCCAGACAGAGGUACCCUACCAUGAAAUUUUAUGGAGAGAGUGGGAGGAUCUUUCUGUCCAGCCCUGUGCGCUAGAGCAGGUCUCGAAAAGCACCCCGCUCUUUGAAUUUCGAGUCAUGUCUUACAACAUCCUUGCCCAGGACCUGGUGGAGCAGGGCCUUGAUCUCUAUCUACACUGUCACCCAGACAUUCUGAGCUGGAACUACCGCCUUCCAAACCUUUUGCAGGAGAUCCAGCACUGGGAUCCUGAUGUUCUGUGUCUCCAGGAGGUGCAAGAGAACCAUUACUGGGAGCAGCUGGAACCAACGUUCAAGGAGAUGGGCUUUGCAUGCGUCUAUAAGCGCAGAACUGGGACGAAGACAGACGGCUGUGCAGUGUGCUAUAAGCACAGCAGGUUCCAGCUGAUCAGCCUCAGCCCCAUAGAAUACUUCCGGCCUGGCCUGGAUGUCCUCAAUCGGGAUAACGUGGGCUUGGUGCUGCUGUUACAGCCUCUGCUCCCGGAGGGCUUAGAGCUGAAGGCAGUCAGUCCUUUGUGUGUGGCCAACACUCAUGUGUUGUUCAAUCCCCGGCGGGGAGAUAUCAAAUUGGCCCAGAUGGCCUUGCUUCUAGCAGAGAUUGACAAGAUGGCAAAAACUACUGACGGCAGCUACUGUCCUGUCAUCUUGUGUGGAGACCUGAACUCAGUCCCUGAUUCUCCACUCUACAAAUUCAUCCGGAAUGGUGAACUUUCCUAUCAUGGGAUGCCAGCCUGGAAGGUGUCUGGUCAGGAAGACUUUUCCCAACAGUACUAUUCACGGAAACUGCUGGCUCCACUGUGGCCGAGCUCACUGGGUGUAACAGACAGAUGCCAGUAUGUCACUCUGUGCCAGCCAAAGAAACUUGGCAGACAUAAGUACAGCCGGGACUUCCUGCUCCAGUUCCGUUUCUGUGAUAUUGCCUGUGAACGACCACAGCAGCUGGUCCUCUUGGAAGGUGUGACAGAUGCUAAACCAGACUGCCCUGCACACUCGCCCAAGCCUGCUGCCUUGGUGAAAGACCCUGAUCCCCAGCCAUUCAUCCCAAGCCACUUCCUGCCACAGAGAGGACGCCCAGAGGUCACGACAAUGCCCAUGGGGCUUGGAGCCACUGUUGAUUAUAUCUUCUACUCAGCAGAGCCUGUGAAGAAUGGGAACAAGGGGGGUCGCAGGCUGUACCAGGAUGGAGCUCUGAAGCUGCUUGGCCGCCUUUCCCUUCUCUCUGAAGAUGUCCUGUUGCUGGCAAAUGGCUUACCAAAUCCUUUUUGUUCAUCUGAUCAUCUCUGUCUGCUGGCUAGUUUUGGCUUGGAGAUCUCCAGCCUCAGAGAGGGUUAGUGUUGAUUCCUUUUCCCUAAAGAAAAGCUGUUCUGGAUACAGCUGUUGAGGAUCUGGAUUGCACAACCUGCUUGCAAGAAA